AUGUUCGCUGCCAGCUCCGCCUUGGCCUCGCUGGUGUACAACAUCUUGGCAUUCAGCAUUGUGCAGUACCUGUCGGCCACCCACGUCGCGUUCGCGGGCAACUUCAACAAGGCCGCCACCGUGCCGCUCGCCCUGCUGGUCGGCAUCGACCACCUGCCGCAGGGCGUGUACGGCCCCAUCAUGGUCGUCUCUGCAGUCGUCAACAUCCUCGCAUUCUCUGCGUACAACGUGGUCACUGGCGGUGCGGGAGGCCACGGCGGCGGCGGUUCCAGCAAGGAUAGGGAGAACGGGAAGGAGCCCGUCAAGUACGCGGAGUUCAGCGGAAAGGAGAGCGACGAUUCUGACGAUGACGAGAGCAGCUCGGAUGGCGGUUGCUGCUGA